UUCCUCUGCUCCACUCCUUUGAUUUGGCAUGCAUGCAGCAAUCUGGGGCACAAGGGCCGGAGUCUCGCAUAAUUUGAGGCAGAGCAAAGACACUGAUUGUUUGAGGAGGAGAAGAGAGAUCGACCGAGACUAAGCUAAUCAACCGGCCGGUGCAACUCACACGAUGAGCAGCGAACAGGAACACCCGGAGACGUCGGAGCUGGAGGAGGAGGCGGAGAAGGACGAGGACGCCGCCAUCGUGGAGCUGGUGACGGAGCUGAAGCAGGAAGGCACGACGCUGUUCCGGCUGCGGGACUACGACGGCGCGGCGUUCAAGUUCGACGAGGCGAUCCGGCUGUCCCCUCGGGCCCCGCGCGCGUACAACGAGAACGACAUCGCCUCCCUCCACAGCAACGUGGCGGCGUGCUACAUGCACAUGAACGCGCACCGCCCCGAGGACGACUACCACUACCACCAGGCCAUCGACCGGUGCAACAUGGCCCUGGACGCGUCGCCGAGGUACACCAAGGCGCUCCUGAAGCGGGCGCGCUGCUUCGAGGCGCUGGACCGGCUGGACCUGGCCUGCGUCGACGUGCAGGAGGUGCUGACCCUAGAGCCCAACAACGCGGUCGCGCUGGAGCUCCUCGAGAACCUCCGGGAGGAGAUGGAGGAGAAGAAGUUCCUGCUGGAGCAGGAGGCCCGGUCGCUGGACGACCUCAUCAAGGUCAUCUCCGCCAGCGAGAAGGUGGCCAAGCAGUUCAGCUGUACCAUCGCUACCGCCGCAGACCCUGCUAAGAAGGCCGUUUCGACGGAGACGGAUGAUCAGGACGCGGAGGCGAUAUUGAUCCACGGUGACGGUGAGCAGGACGACGAGCAGGCGAGCUACGACGACAAUGACGGGGAAGAAGCACCGAGUGGCCAGACGGAGGAGGAGGCGCAUGUAGGCGAUCAGAGUGGGCAGAACAAGCAGGAAGACGGAGACAACGCAGAGCAUGGCUCUGGAGCGACGAGAUGCGUGGAGCUUUUUCUCGGAGAAGAAGGGGAUGUCAGGAGGAUUGCGCUGCUUCCACAGGAUGGCGGUCUGGCUCAGUUGAUGGACAUAGCUCGGAGCAAGUUCCCCGACCUCAAGGAAUUGUCUGUUAAUUUCAAGGACGACCGGGGUGACUUGGUAACGGUCGACUCGACUACGGACCAGAGCGCAUGGUUCGAUGAAGCGAAUUCCCGGUCCCAAGGGCCACUUCGGUUGUACGUAACCGAAGACAACGACGGUCUCACCCUGGACGUCAUUGUUCGUCCAAUUAAGAUAGGGUACCUUGUCACCUUCGAGUUGGCGACUCCCACCAUCCUAAAGGUGACCGCCUUCAAUGAUGAGGACGUCGAGGAGUCCAGACGGAAUGACAGGGAAAAUGUGACUAACCCAAUCCACAAUGAAGAAUAUGGUGGUAAUUCGGAGAUUCCGAAAGGAGCGCUUGAUGGGAAGCCUAUAGACGUCCACGGUGGCCAAAAGGAGGCACUACACGCAUUGCAAAGCCGCUACUACUACAAGGUGGCUGAUGGAAAGAACAAUGAAACUUCCCGUGCUGAACUGGAAAAUUUCAGCCAGUGGGUGCUUGAUUUAGGAAAUGGAGCUCUACCUGCAGGUUUUAUCUACGUUGUGCCUAUGAGUGCGCUGGUCGGAGAGGACAUAAGCAAACUACAUGCAGAACAUGGUUUUUAG